ACCGGACCAGAACCGAGUGAGGGGCCGGGCAGCUCGAGGCCAACGCCUCAUACUGCAGCAGCUAAAACGGUUUCCAUGGAAACGGCUGUCGGAGUCUGUCUACAGGAUUUCUGUGGUUUGACGAGUCUCUGCUGCAGUGAAACAUCACACUGUUUCUGCUCCAAGUCUUAACUGGACUCUGGUCUGGACUCGGGACCUGCGGCUGCUGUGAGACACAAGUAGAGGUUUUCUGCUGGACACGGCCUCCUGACCGUCUCACAGAUCCAACAUGGCGGCAUCUGUAGAUGACCACAGUCAGCUGUCCAAUGAAGAGCUGCUACAGAUCACUGUAGGGGGAAGCAUCGCUGACAGACACCUUCCUCCAUACUCUGAUCAGGGCACAUCUUCAUUGCCAUCCUCAGCUCCUCCUGACCCGGUUACCCCAACCCAAAGAAAACCAGACCACAGAUGGAGAAAUCCUGACCCCCCCAGACACCUGUCCUACGUCCCUUCAUCCCAACCUCCACCUUCUGACCCCACAGAUGUCCCAAACUGUGCAAACCCCCCAACAGCCUUGUCUCGGUUUCUCUACAGAUCUUUCAAGAGAAAGAGCAGUCCUUUGCAGCGUCUGAUUAUGAAUGGUGAUGCUGAGGCUUUGAUGGAUUUGGUCAAUCGAAGGUGCAGCAGCCUGAUGGAGCCGAAUGACGAAGGCUGGAUUGCUCUUCAUGAAGCUGCUUAUUAUGGGCAGCUACAAUGUGUCAGGAUCCUCAUCAGAGCUCAUCCCGAUUCAGUGAACAGAUGUAGUUUGAAGAAUCAGACUGCUCUGUUGCUGGCUGCCAGUCGAGGAAACACUUUCUGUGUCAACUUCCUCCUGAAGCAUGGCGCUGACCCAAAUAUUGCCAACGAGGACCGAGAAACGCCACUGUUCACAGCCUGUGAGCGUCCAAAUGAAGCCACUGUGGACCUGCUGCUGCACUCUGGAGCUCAGGUGAAUCUCUCCUGCAGUCAGGGUGGAAGUGCUCUUAAUGAAGCCUGCAGACAUGGACGACUGAAGCUCUGCAGGAUGUUGCUGGAGGCUGGAGCCAAUCUACACUCCAAAAACAUCUACGGCAUCCAACCUUUCUUCACUGCAGCACAGCAUGGACACGCCAACCUCAUCCACCUCCUCGCUAACAAAGAUGCAGAUGUAAAUGGACAGGCAGGAGAUGGAGCGACACCACUGUAUGAAGCCUGUAAGAAUGGCCAUGUUUCAACUGUGGAGGCACUGCUCUCUCUUAAAGCUGACACCAACUGCUCCAUGAAGUCCGGCCUGCUGCCUCUUCAUGUAGCUGUUAAGAACAAUCAUAUACGAAUUGUGUCAAUGCUGAUCCCAGUCACCAGCAGGGUCAGAGUCCGGCAGAGCGGCAUCAGUCCUGUGCAUAUUGCUGCAGAGAGGAACAGGGAUGAUAUCUUGGAGCUGCUGAUUGAGUCUGGCUUCGACGUCAACGCAGAGCUGUCAGAGGAAUACUCAAAGAUGUAUAAGGACCGGCGGAGCACAGCACUCUACUUCUCUGUCUACAAUGGGAACCUGGAGGCCACUGAGAUGCUUCUGGAAGCCGGAGCUAACCCCAACCUGGACGUCUUCAACCCACUGCUCAUUGCCGUCCGAUUCGGCUGGAUGGACAUGGCGACACUGCUGCUGAGGUACGGUGCCAACGCCAACACUCAAAUCUCCAUGCAGCCAUCCUCGUUCCCAUCCGCCAUCCUGCUCAGCAUGGAGUCUCCGCUCAUGCUCAAACUGCUGCUGGACAACGGCUGUGAUGCCCGACCCUGCUUUGACUGUAUGUACAGCCAAAAACCACAUCUGGCCAUCACACAGUCACGACGACUGGUUGAAGAAAUGCAGCUCAGCAGAGAUACACCACCACAGUGCUGCCUUCAGUUCUGUGAGGCUGUCUCCUGCUUGUCUUUGUGGCAAAACACUGGCUCGAUCAUCUCGGUGCUGUUGGACUACGUCAGCCAUGUCCAUCUCUGCUCUCGCCUGCUGGAGGUUCUGGAGAGUCGCAGCGACUGGGCGCUGAUUAAACUGAAAGCUCUUCCUCCUCAUCCUUUGAUGCAGCUUUGCAGGCUGAAGAUCAGACAGCUGGUCGGAGUCCAACGACUUAAACUCCUCUGCAUUUUACCGCUUCCUGCCAGACUCAUCCGCUUCCUGCACUAUGAUGUUGACUGCUCACUCACCUGAAGACACCCUAAUACGCCUGAAGACACCUGGGGUAAAUCCCAGUUCUUAUUUUAUUGUUCCGGUCCACCAUCCUGAAGGAUGUCCCAAAGCUCUUAUUCCUGCUCUGAGGAGUGAGGAGGCUGCUAGAGGAACCAUGAGUGAGGAUACAUGAGAGCAUCCUCUGUGGAAGUCCUUUAUCAACCGGCAUGCCCCUUUAUCAGAAAUCAGUUGGUGAUUGGACACCUCAGAUGAAGGAUCAGAGGAAAGCACAUCUCAUGUCUGUUUGCUCCAGUCCUCUUUCCUCACAUCUUACAUGGGCAGGACUAAGAAGCAAGGAAGAAAUGCAAGUGAUGUAAACAUGGAUCCUAGUAAUAGAAUUAUGAUUUAUCCAAUUGAAACUUCUGAAGACUCCUGAUACAUUUGAAGCCACCUGGGGCCUGUUUUUCUAAUGUGGCUUAACAAUUUCAGUCUAACAUGCUCAUUUCAGGCUAAAAAAUGAUGUUAUUAGUGUUGAAUGGGAAAAUUUAAAUAAAGUGUUGUUAGAUAUUUUUAGUCAGAUAGAUAUUGGAUAGAUAC